AUGUCGUGCCCGUUCGGCCACGGACGCGAUAUAGUGAGCAGUGAGAGCGUCGGUGAUGACGCAGUGGGCGUGUCGACAGCGAUCGUCACCGAGGGCGAUCGUGGGACCAAGCGGCGGGCGACGACAGAGCUGAACGCGGAGGAAAGCGACGAGGACGCCGAACUGGAUGUCGAUGCGAUACGAAGGGCGCUGAAGAGCGAGCGCUCGAGACGUAAGCGCGCGGAAAAUGAGUUGAUGUCGCUCAAGGCGCUGUAUAGGCAGUGUAAGGGGACGUCAUCGCCGCAGGAGCAAAUCGCGGUUCGGGAACUCGCGAUGGACUCGUGCGCAGAGGGAAUCACAAUCGCGGAUUUCUCUAAGCCCGAUCAACCGCUGAUUUACGCGAACAUUGGGUUCGAGUCGAUGACGGGAUACAGCGUGCAGGAGACGCUGGGGAAGAACUGUCGGUUUCUCCAAGGGCCAGGGACGGAUCUAAAGGAGCUGGGCAAGGUGCGAGCUGCGAUUACAAAGGGCGAGGCGUGCACAGUUGUCCUAAAGAAUUACAAGAAAUCCGGAGAGGAGUUCAUGAACCAGCUCUCACUGACUCCAAUUCGCGACGGAGAGGGCAAUGUGAUGUAUUACGUCGGUAUUCAGUCGGACAUCACCGAACUCUUCAAGCGGAGAGAUGACGAGCUCAACGCUCUGAAGAAGGUGGCGCGCGCUGAGGCUGCGACGGAAGCAAAGUCACGAUUUCUGGCACACAUGUCGCACGAAAUUCGUACACCUUUGAACGGUUUGAUCGCGGUGGGUCAGUUAUUGGAGGACACGAAUCUGGAUCGUUUACAGCGAGAGUAUGUUUCAACCGUACUGACGAGCGGAGAGACGCUGCAGGCGCUCAUCAGCGACAUUCUGGACUUCAGCCGGGUCGAGGCGGAUAAGCUCGUAUUGCAGUGCGAACCGUUCCACCCGGAAGUCGUCAUUAGUAACGUAAUUGAGAUCACAGCGAUGCAGUCGGCCAAGAAGAGGUUGAAUAUUGGAUACCACGUUGAUCCGGGAGUGCCAAAGCUCGUCAUGGGGGAUCCGAUGCGCCUGCAGCAAGUUAUUCUAAACUGCGUGAGCAACGCCAUCAAGUUCACGGAAAAAGGCAAUAUCAUGAUAAGAUUGUAUCUUGGCCGCGAGGACACCACCGAAGUCGCCAGAAUGGCGUUCGGGAGAGAAGACGAGGAGGAUCACACUGCGCACAUGGUCCGCUCUUACUCUGCGGGCUCGCUAGCUGCGACGCAGAAGGAUUGGCUCGCGCCUCUUCAGUGCUUUUUGCACAUGUGCCCGCACUUUGCCGGCAAAGCAAAACAACAAAAGGCGAAGGACGAAGAAAAGAAGGAUCCUGACAGUUGGUUCCUGCACUUCUACGUCAAGGAUACGGGCAUGGGUCUGCAGGAAGGCACGAUUCGUAACAUUUUCCAAUCAUUUCAGCAGGUGGACAUGGGAUCGACUCGCAAGUACGAUGGUACGGGUCUCGGACUCGCCAUCUCCCGUAAACUGUGCGAUGCAAUGGGCGGAACGAUGUGGGCGGAGAGUAAGGGUCUGGGGCAGGGCUCGACGUUUCACUUUUGCAUCAAGUGCAAAUCUGUUCCAGAAGAGUGGAUGCGGGAGCACGAAAAGUCUAGAAAAGAGCUCAACAAGGGUGCAGCCGCUCUGAGCUUGCUCGAGCGGGAUUUGAACAAGGAGUAUGCCGUUCAUUACAAUCGUCCAGGUCAAAAACUGAGCAUCGCUUUAUACGACGAAUCAGACAUGUUGCGCGGCACGGUGUCCGCCGUGUUGAGACGUUGGGGCUUCCACGUUUUGCUUCUCCAUAACGCGAAAGAAUUCGUUGACUACCUGAGUGUCUCCGUCGACGGUGAACAGGAGCUGCGAGAAGUCGCUGUCAUCGCAGAGAUGAGUCCGAAUACGGUUGAGAUGGUGUAUGAAUGGGCGAAGAGUCGGGCUCUGCUGAACGGCAUCAGCACUGGUCACGGCAAUACAAGUAUCGCAUCCAGUGAAGAUAACAAGACUUGCGCGAAUGAUAUUUCCAAACUACCGCCAUUCAUUCUUUCGACGUGGCCGGUCGUUCAGUCGGUGACGUUCGAUACCUCUGAUCCGAGGUGUGCUUGGGCGAGAGACAGCGUUGAGUGCACCGAGUCGAGCAUCGAUUCGGUGAAGGAGAAUGCGGUGAAAGACUUUUUCUCACAGAUGCGAUCUCACUAUAUUUCUAAACCGCUGCGGCACAAUCGACUCAGGCGCGUGCUUGAGACUAUUCUAGACGAAAAGGCGCAUCACGCCGAUGCCGGAGAUACCGCUCGUACGGAGGGUGCACACAUCAUGCACGCCGAGCCAGCUUCGGACCUCGUCAAUGGUGUUCUGAAGGAGCCCAUUGACCCGAGACACUUGCGUAUCCUGAUCGCCGAAGACCAUCCGGUGAACAUGAAGGUGGCUAGAGCCGUGCUCAGUCGUCUCGGGUACAUGGAUGUCACCAGCGCGAAAGAUGGUGCUGAAGCGCUCACCAAGGUGAAGGCGGAGGCGAAGGGCCUCGACGCCUUUGACAUCGUGCUCAUGGACUUGCACAUGCCAAACAUGGGCGGUAUCGAGUGCGCGCAGAGUCUUCGAUCCGAAUACCCUGCGAGUAAAGUACCUAUCAUCGCAGUGACCGCGGACGCCAUCGAGGAGAGUCGCCAGGAGUGCUUGGCAGCAGGCUUCGACGCCUAUCUCACUAAACCGUUCAAAAUUGAACAGAUUAGAGACACGAUUUCUCGACACUGUGGCCUGACAACCGAUGAAUCGACUUUGUAA